AUGUCAAACUCGACAAUCUUCGCAUCUCAACAGAAUUCAUCCAGGGUCUUGAAAAAUUGUCGCUGGAGACGGAUGGCCUUUCCCCCAACGCAAUACAUUGUAUCCAAAACCCCCCCUGUUUCACGCCAACACUGGACGAUGAUACCACUCAUGUGCACUGGUGUCAAGUUUUAUCUACAACUCAAUCACGCUGAGAGCAAUUACAACAACACACGGGACAGGAUCAGGGAACUCAACAAAGACCAAGACCUUCCUUUGCUUCACAAAGUCCAAAGGAUUGUCACCGAGCUCAGUGGAAUAGAACCACUCAUGUUGGACUGUGGUAUCAAGCAAUGCCUUGCAUAUACUGGUCCUUUUUCUGAUCUCAAAUACUGUCCUGAAUGCGGAGAAGCUUUAUACAAUCAAGACAUCCUCCUGGCGUCAAAUGAUGCACUUAAAACACCACAUCAAACCUUUUCAACAAUCCCUCUUGCCGAGCAACUUUAA